UCAGAGUUGAUUACAACCAGGGUGUAGCAAGGGUAAUAAGACCAGGGCUGAGGAAGAAAUGGAGUUACAAGCAAGCAGAGCAGCAGAGAAAAAUGCUAUCUAAGUCAGAAGGAAUAUAAUAAUUGUUGGUAUCUUCCUACUGUCCAAGUAGAAUGGCACAUCCAGCAAAUAGAAGACCAGAGAACUCCAAAAUCGACUGGCAUUUGCCCACCAUUUCAUCCUCUGCAUCAGCUCAUCACAUGAGUAGAGAGCUUUUUGUGCUCACCUACGGUGCUUUGGUCGCCCAACUGUGUAAGGUUGAAAAGGAUGAAGAUGUAAACAAAUAUUUGGACAGCAUGGGAUACAACAUCGGCAUCAGAUUGGUUGAAGAUUUCUUGGCUCGUUCUGCUGUGAAGAAGUGCCGCAGCUUUUCUGAAACUGCAGACAUAAUUGCACAGGUUGCUUUUAAGAUGUAUCUGGGUGUCACCCCUACUGUGACUUGCAACAAUGCAAUGGGAAAUGAGUUUUCUCUCAUUCUGGCCAAGAAUCCCUUAGUGGACUUUGUGGAAGAGCUACCAGCAAGUCGAUCAUCUCUUUGCUAUUGCAGCCUGUUGUCUGGGACCAUCAGAGGGGCUCUGGAAAUGAUACACUUAACAGCUGAAGUGAUUUUCCUUCAAGACACUCUGAAAGGAGAUGAUGUGACAGAAAUCCGAAUCACAUUCUUGAAGAAGGCUGAAACCAAGAAAUACAAGAGAAAUAAAUGAAACGGUUAUCUGAAAUAAUUAUAUACAUAAGGUCAGCCAAGCCUUAGUAGCUGCCUACAAAGAGGAAUCUUCCAAUACAGGAAGGACCAUCCACUCAGAACAUGACUAAAAAUAAGCAUUUUUUCUAUCCAGGCCAUGUAUGCCCAGAAGCUUGUUGGAGGAACAAGAAAUUAGCAUACAAUCCCACCCUCCAAGGGAAUGUGUAGUGCUCCAAAAUGUAUUUAUUAUCAAGAACUGGAUGUUGAAUAUCCGUAAAAUCUCUGGUCCCUGAAAAAUAUCCUUGCAUGCUGCUGCUUCAUAUUGGAGCCGUGCUACAUCUUUUUCAGUGAGGUAAAUUUCAGUGCAAGGCUGGGAAAAACAAGGUUUUCUGAGGAGUGACAAUGCUCCUGAGGAAAUUCCAUGAAAUGUAGUAAACAGGACUAAAUGCAACCACCAAACCUUUCCAUGCUCCCUGCAAUCAUACCUUCCCCAAAUUAAUAUCAUGAGGUAGGCAAUGUAGAAGAUAAUGCAGCCCUAAAAUAAGUUCAAGAUGCUUUAGAAGCAAAAUGCAAUAAAUCCAUAAUAAGCCCCUAAUACUUUCCCUCCCCAGGAUGCCUCACUGCUUCCCUGACAUGAUCCAAAGGCUGCUUCCUCAGCUUGAUUCUUGCAUUUCUUACCAUCAAAAUGAUGCCCGUAUAUUUUGUCAGGCUUCUAACUGGCUUCUGCUUGGACUAUCUCUGUUAAUAAAAGGAC